AUGAAGAAACAGUUUUCAUCCAUUGGAUUAAGUUUCCUUUUCUUAGGGCUAGUUAACGCCUACAUUCAUCCUAUAACUAUUCAUGGUCAUUAUUUUGUUGAUAGCGUUACUAAAGAACCAUUCUUUAUCAAGGGAGUGGAUUACCAACCAGGUGGUUCUUCAGGUGUAUCUGGUGCAAAGGAUCCCUUAAGUGAUCCUCAAGAAUGUGCUAGAGAUAUCUUACUUUUUCAAGAGUUAGGAAUCAACACUAUUCGUAUUUAUUCAAUCAAUUCUGAACUUAAUCAUGAUGUUUGUAUGUCUCUUUUGGCAGCAGCAGGAAUUUAUUUAGUUUUAGAUGUUAAUUCUCCUUUACCAAAUCAUCAUUUACAUAGAUAUGAACCUUGGAAUUCAUAUAAUGUGGAUUAUUUGGAAAAUAUAUUUAAAGUAGUUGAACAAUUUGCCUACUAUAAUAAUACUUUAGGUUUCUUUGCUGGGAAUGAAAUUGUUAAUGAUUAUCAAUCUGCUAAAAAUUCACCUGUCUAUGUCAAAUCUAUCAUUAGAGAUUUGAAAAUGUAUAUUGAAUAUAAUUCUCCAAGACCAAUACCAGUUGGUUAUUCUGCUGCUGAUGAUUUAAAAUAUAGAAUUCCUUUAGCUGAAUAUCUUGAAUGUGUUGAUUCAAAUCCAGCAGAAUCAGUUGAUUUUUAUGGUAUAAAUUCUUAUCAAUGGUGUGGUGAACAAACUUUUUAUACUAGUGGAUAUAAUUUACUUGUGGAAGAUUAUAGUCGUUAUAAUAGACCAAUUUUCUUUUCAGAAUAUGGUUGUAAUGAAGUUUCACCUCGAAUUUUUGAUGAAGUAACAUCUCUUUAUUCAACUGAUAUGAUUGAUGUUUUUAGUGGAGGUUUAGUUUAUGAAUUUAGUCAAGAACCAAAUAAUUAUGGUUUAGUUGAACUUUUACCAAAUGGUGAUGUUAAAUUAUUAAAAGAUUUUAAUCUGUUAAAAAGUCAAUAUGAAUUAUUACCUGAAAUAAAUUAUAAUUAUGUUGCAAAUUCAAUGAGAAGAAAUGCAAAAGAAAUUCAAGCCAGAUUAAAAAAACAAAAAUAUGCUUUACCUCAAUGUGAUAAUUCUUAUGAUAAUCUUGAUAUUUCAAAGGGACUUCCUAAAACCAUUGCUGAAGAUAUGAUUGAAAUUGGAGUUGAAGUUGCCAGAGGAAAAUAUGUUGAAUUAGAUUCUAAUAUGUUAACUCCUCAAUAUAAUAUAUUUGAACCAAAUGGUGCUCCUCAUAUUGGAGAAAAAUCAAUUGUUCCUAUAGUUGAUAUAAUGUCAGGAUCUGAUAUUAUAAGAAAACAUCAUAUUAAAGGAUUCCAUAACUGUACGUAUAAUGAUCUUGAAGAAAUAGAAGAUAAAUUAAACAAGUUUGAUUCAAUUUUCAAUAUUGAUAAUGAAGAUAAUGAAGAAGAAUCUAAUUCUGAUUCUGAUUCAGAUGAAUUCAAACCAGAAAAUUCAAUAAUGUUUCAAUCAGUAUCAAAUUUUUUUCAUCAAAUUUAUAAUAGUCUUGGAUUUUAA